UGACCGUAUGUGGUACUGGAACAGGUGUCUAUUUGUUUCACAUCUCAUCCUGAGAGAUCAUUUCCUCCUGUUCAGAGAAGCAAUAUGCAUCUGUAGCCUGGAUUUUAUUUGACAGAAUCUCUUGCAUGGUGACAUUUUAAGAAGCUGCCCUGAAUUGAGUACCGUCACUAAUUCAACAUGGGAGGGACGUCUCUUAAGAAUAGAGUCCCUAUCGUGGUUUCUCUGGCUCUGGUGUUUGCUUGGAGCGCCGCAGAGCGAGAAUACUUCCUUCAUCCGAGUAAUCGCACCUGGGAGGAGGCCAGGAACCACUGCCAGGCCUGUUUCGAAGACCUGGUGACACUGACCCCCGAAAACGUCCAAACCGUCUCCAAGUUACUCACUUCUGACUGCUGGGUUGGCCUCCGCAAGAACUCCACCAGCAACUUCAACAGCAACUCUACCAGCAACUCCACCAGCAACUCCACCAGCAACUUCAACAGCAACUUCAACAGCAACUCCACCAGCAACUCUACCAGCAACUCUACCAACAACAACAACACCAUCAUGGAUCCCAGAAUGCCGUGGUUCCGCUGGGCCAACGGAGACCCUCUGAUCUUCCAGAACUGGUACCCUGGUUGGCCCGUGUUCAGAUCCACCUUCCCAAACAGAUACUACUUUGUCUGCCCAGAAAAGGUCACCCCAGCAACAGUAGCCCCAGGAACGGGAACUCCAGACUCGGUAACCCCAGGAACCGGAACCCCAGGAACGGGAACUCCAGACUCGGUAACCCCAGGAACGGGAACUCCAGACUCGGUAACCCCAGGAACCGGAACCCCAGGAACGGGAACUCCAGACUCAGGAACCCCAGGAACCGGAACUCCAGACUCAGGAACCCCAGGAACGGGAACUCCAGACUCGGGAACCCCAGGAACGGGAACUCCAGACUCAGGAACCCCAGGAACCGGAACCCCAGGAACCGGAACUCCAGACUCGGGAACCCCAGGAACGGGAACUCCAGACUCGAUCACACCAGCAACAGCAAUCCAAGCUACAGGAAACUCGACUGGUCAUCUUCAAGAAACCACAUUUGCAACCGCAUCAGCCGCAUCAGCCGCAUCAGCCCCAUCAGCCCCAUCAGCCCCAUUAGCCCCAUCAACCCCAGCAACCCCAGCAACCCCAGCAACCCCAGCUCGUUGCAAAAUAACGCAGUGGCCAGAAGAAGCGCAUUACGUGCUGUUGCCAGAUUUCCCCAAGCCUGAUGAAAACUACAUUGAAGACUCGUGCGUUGCCAUGCUCAGCUUCGGGCCGUGGGUUGAAAGGGUCUGCUCGGAGCUGCUCUCUUCCAUAUGUUAUGAAGAUCGUUUCUUUGGCGAAGUGAACGUGACUCAGAAGACUUCUAACAGCUCCAUUCUCACUUGGCGAUCCGGGCCUGGAAAUAUCACCCAUUACCGGGUAGAGGUUACCGAAGGCGACAACAUGCUGGAACGCAACUUUACUACUGAAGAUUUGACCUUUGGCCUCGACAGCCUGACUCCAGGCACCCGCUACUCCGUCCAGGUGUUUGCUGUGAAGUGUACGAGAGACCUGAACCCGCAGGAGGACACCUUCUACACCACACCGAACAAAGUGGAAGACCUCGAAUUCACCUACGUGACAGAAACCUCCGUCUUCCUGAACUGGACCAAACCAGCUGGGAAUUUAGAUUUCUAUCUGAUUAAGAUCAAAGAUGGGAAGCAGAUUAGUAGCAAGACAGAGGGCAAGGAGGUCAGAGAUUUGAUACCUGGAAACUUUUACACCUUCACUGUCCUCUCAGGAGUCGGGGAUAAUUCCACCUGGAGUGAAGAAUCCAUCGUCUCACGAUACACCAAGCCUGGGAGAGUGUCAGACCUGAGGGUGUCUCGUAAUACCCAUCAUUCACUGCAGCUCAACUGGAAGAAACCCGUGGGAAAUUUCUCAUUUUUCUGGGUUGUCGCUACAUUUGAUAACAAACAAAAGGUCCGUCAAAAGGUGACCGUCACGGAAGUUAACGUAACAGGCCUGCCAAUUGGCUCCAAGAUAACCCUCAGUGUGACGGCACUGGUUAAUGACAACAUUGAGGGAGACAGUGUAACCAUCGAGAACUACACCGCUCCUGGACCAAUUGCAGACUUGAAAUUGAACACAACGGACGUGUCGCUCUAUGCCUCGUGGAAAACUGAGGGGAAUUCUUCAUCUUUCAAAGUCAAGCUCCUGCUGGAUGGCAAAGUCAUCGAAAAAGACACAAAUGUCUCUGAGAUCAUCUUCACCGAUCUGAAGACUGCAGCCAAAUACCAAGUGACCGUGUACGCCUUUAACGGACAUCUCAAGGGCCAACCAUCGAUCAAAUGCAAAUUCACCAAGCCGUCGCCGCCUACUAAUGCCAGAGUCUGUAAUCAAGAUAAAUCCAGCAUUACCUUCGAGUGGGAUCCCCCUGCCAUCGUAGGAACAUUCACGUACGCUGUCGGAAUCAACUCCAGCUUCUGGGGCCACACCGUAUCUGAGAGAAUCGAGGACAAAAUCCGCCACAAGUUUACAGGCUUAAAAUCAGGGACCAAGUACGAUUUUCAAGUGCAAACAGUGGCGGAUCAGGACCUGAGUGCAGCAGCAACUGUGUCACAUUACACAGAUGCAGACAAAAGGGAAAUCAGCCUGUCCAUGAUGUGCUCUUCGACUGAGUCUCUCCUCUGUGAUGGAAACACCACGAGGGAAAGUGUGUUUUUACAGUUGAAGGCACAUUUCAACGAGGUGCUAGGGGGAAAUAUUAUCUGGAAACUCGAGAAUCUGGAACCCAAAUAAAAAUGAAGAGACAUCAUUCAUUAUUUUUCCUCCUUUAAUUGUUAUUGUCACUAUUUACAUUAUUGUAAUGUUUUCUGUCUUUUGUAGAUUAUUGUUGCUCUGCUAUUUAGCGAAAAACACUUAAGCUUUUAUUUGAAUGUGAUUUUUUGGGAAAACUAAACUGCUAAAAUCUUUGUCAUACUGGAUGAUUUUCACUUUGAAUUUUUUCUUUUACACAAUGGUGUGCAUGAGUGCUCAUCCUGUAUUUCCACCAGGAAAAUAUGAACAUAGAAGACAUGUAUUGUAGGACAGCAUUGUGACAUAAUACAUUGACAUAUACUCUCAUUUAGUCGAAAUAGCAAGAUAGUAAUUCAAAUGACCAUUUUAGUUUUUUUUAGGUUUUCAAAUAUGUGUCUGAUUUACCUGAAUAAAUAAAAAACGUUUUUAGUUCA